AUGAACUGUUCAAGGAACGAAACGCCGCGUAAUUCUACAUUAAGAGAAAAAUUGCUGUGUUCGCUCGAGAAAAAUGUUCCGUUUUCAACUAUAACAAGAGAACAGGCGUCCAAAGAUGGAAACGCCACCAUACUGCCGGAGGAGAGUCUGGAGAAGUUGGUGCACUUUAACUCGUGCGCAGUCGUCAGUAGUAGCCACGGCCUCAGGCUUCACACGUACGGACAGGAGAUAGAUAGCCACGACGCCGUGCUAAGGUUCAACUGCGCUCCCACGCACAAAUUUGAGCAGUUCGUCGGAAACCGGACGGACAUUCGUCUCAUCAACACAAAAAUUCCACAAACAACUUGCAAGAAGGAAUUCUGGAGCGAGAACAGCCCCAUGUUCACACAUGGAACCAUAGUUAUCAGGAACGCGAAUGCAAUCAACGUGGAAGAACACAAAAUCAACGCCAAACGUGACCAAUUCCACAGUUUUGCCAACUGGAUCAAAUGUAGCAAGAGGUACCCAAACAGGAGUCUGCCUUUCAUACAGAGACCUGGUUUUGGAAAUGCCAUGAGAGCGGAAUUGGCGCGGUUCUGCAAAGCUACAGGGAUGUGUAAGUACAAGCUAAGAGGACCUCCAACUACAGGCAUGCUUGGUGUUGUGAUGAUGCUGCACCUCUGCGACUGGGUCCGUGUCUACGAGAUCGUUCCCUCCAACAAGGACGACACCAGACUCAUGUAUUACUACAGUGAAAGGGCAAUGUGGUCCUCCAAACAUAUCUCUCUUUCUUGGCACUCGUACAGCCAAGAAAGGGCUUACUUCAGAACUUUGUCACUGACUCCUGAGAAAGACAUAAACGAAACAGGCGUGGUGCUGCUGAAGGGGUUUUCACAGACUCAAUCUCUGAAGCGAGUUGGUGACCGGUUUGAAAUACAGGAAAUCAGCGGAAGUGUCAUGGAAAAAAAGAUCCUGCCAUUUCUCGGCACUGUACUGUGUGUUUGUGUGAUGAUGAGUGUCAACUCUAUAACAACCAGGUCUGUGUUUAUAAUCUACGCACCUGCCUAUAGACCCAAGCCACUCAAUGAAAUAAUACGGUGUGCACUGAAGAAGAACGUUCCGUUCUCAACUAUAACAAGAAAACAGGCUUCCAAAGAUGGAAACGCCACCAUACUGCCGGAGGAGAGUCUGGAGAAGUUGGUGCACUUUAACUCGUGCGCAGUCGUCAGUAGUAGCCACGGCCUCAGGCUUCACAAGUACGGGAAGGAGAUAGACAGCCACGAUGCCGUGCUUAGAUUCAACUGCGCUCCAACGCAGGGAUUCGAGCAGUUCGUCGGAAACCGGACGGACAUUCGUCUCGUCAACACACAGAUUCCGGGACGGUACUUCAAGAAGGAUUUCUGGAGCAAAAACAGCAACAUGUUCAGACAUGAAGCCAUAGUUGUUAGGAACAUGGACGCCAUCAGUGUGAAAGGAGAAAAGAUCGACACCAAACACGACCAGUUCCACGUUUUUAACAACUUGGUCAAAUACAGGAAAAUGUAUCCAGAAAGGGAUUUGCAUUUCAUACAGAGACCUGACUUAGGAAAUGAUAUAAGGACGGAACUGAGGUGGUUCUGCACCACUACAGGAAUGUGUAACAAGACAAUUAUGAGUCCAAGUUCGGGCAUGUUUGGUGUUGUGAUGAUGCUGCACCUCUGCGACUGGGUCCGUGUCUACGAGAUCGUUCCCUCCAACAAGGACCGCACCAGACUCAGGUACUACUACGAUGAAAAGGCUUUGGUGCCCAAACACUUCAUCUACCACUCGUACAUCAACGAAAGGAUUUACCUCAGGACUUUGUCGCUGACUCCUGAGAAAGACAUAAACGAAACGGGCGUGGUGCUGCUGAAGGGGUUUUCACAGACUCAAUGCGACUGAUACUAUAUAUAUUGUUAGACAAAACUUAUGAAUUCAGCUUGGGUUUGACUAUAUACUUAAUGUAAGCAGGCUGUGUCUUCAGGGCUCUAAUAGCUUCCCCCCGCCCAGUGCAAUAGCCGCUCCGGCAGGAGUGAUACGCUACUAGAGAUGGUAUGCUUGGGGGUUUGAUUUGCCCCAA